AUGUCUUUUCAAUCCCCUAUGCCCAGCAGGGAGUUUUUAUGGGAUAUCUUUAGAAGAGUUGAUAAAGACCGCAGUGGGUAUAUAUCAGCUGAUGAAUUGCAGCAAGCACUCUCCAAUGGUACAUGGAAUCCUUUCAACCCAGAAACUGUCAGACUUAUGAUUGGAAUGUUCGACAAGCAAAAUAGGGGCGUUAUAUCGUUUGAAGACUUUGGAGCUCUAUGGAAGUAUGUCUCAGAUUGGCAGAACUGCUUUCGUUCAUUUGACAGAGACAAUUCAGGAAACAUUGACAGGCAAGAAUUGAAAAAUGCACUCACUGCAUUUGGAUACAGAUUAUCUGAUGAGAUUGUUACAAUUAUGGUGCAAAAAUUCGACAGAUUUGGCCGUGGCACAAUAUUGUUUGAUGAUUUCAUUCAGUGUUGUAUUACAUUAUAUACUCUCACCUCGGCAUUCCGACAAUUCGACACUGAUCAAGAUGGUGUUAUAACUAUACACUAUGAACAAUUCCUCAAAAUGGUGUUUGGUCUUAAGUGUUGGCCGUAA